CAGCAAUGAAACAUGGCGGCGGUGCCACCAUGCCGCCGCCGCCGCCAGGCCGCGCGCUCCUGACCGCCGGCAUCCCUCGCUGCGAGGCAGCCAGGCUGCUCCAUGGGCUGCUUCUCCUUGGUAGGCCCCGCUCACCGCGGUUGCCCUCGCCGCUGCAUCCUCGUCUCGUCGUCCGGCCCGCUCCCGAACGCCUUCACGGCGUCCUCGCAGGUCAGGUCCGGCGUGACCCCGCGAACACUCCGAAGAAGGGAUCCAGGCGCGCUCUCUUCCUAUGGGGAAAGGUUGGUACUGGGUGCUGCUGCUGCAUUGCUUGAUGCGGAUGGGGAUCUUUGCAGGGUAGGGAGAUGCCAGGAGGCUGUUCGAUGAAAUGUCUGCAAGGAACACGAUGCUAGGGACUGGGACUGCUGUGGCGGGCAAGGACCUCCGUAGCGGGAGCAGAGCAUGGUGACUGCAGGGCAGGUGCUGGAGGGGAUGCUGGAGAAAAGCCGGUCUGCCCGGACAGGAUUGUGAGCAGCUGGAACAAGAUGGUUUCUGAGUGCUAGCAGGACUCCAAGUUUCCAACCUGACGCUCUGACAAUGACUGUGUUGACGGUUGCGUGCUCAAAGCUCAGAUCAUUGUCAUUUGCUCAACAAGCGCAUUUUAAUUGCUGCAUUGAGGUGAACUGUUGUGUGCAGAAUUCUUUGGUCCAUGUUUAGCUAUGUAUGCCAUGUGCAGCCUUGUCAGUGAACCUCGUUUCUUGUUUGUAGAAACAUACCUAGAGGAUUCAGUGUCAGAUUGCGAUGGUUGAUUUGCGGAAGUCCUGCCUAGUGGACAGAAAUGGAAUCAGGCUGCAUUAAUUUUUCAUGAAUGGAAGAGAAUAAAAGGCUCAUGGUCAUUGGUCAUAGACGACUUGACCGUCUUCUGUUGGAAGUAUUGCCAUGUUUAAUGAGUUUGCAGCAAGAGAACUCAUUAUGAUCAGGCCUUGGAAUCCUUGCAAGUGGCAACUAUGUUCCUUGCAAACAAGCUAUGGUCGGUGAUCAGGUGCUUUUGAGCAGUUGUGAUGAUCUAUGAAAGCAAAGAGGAUUAAGGAAUAGCUGAUUGCAGGCUUGCCGCUGGGUUGAAGGAAGUGAACGGUAUUUGGGUUCUUUAUGACAGGUGUUGACUCCAAUUUUAUCGAGACCUACAUUAUCUUGGAGCUUUCGUCAGUGUAACUAAAUUAAGAUUGGUUUUCCUGUGAAGGAGUAGAGAGGGGGUUUCCUCUUAAUGCUGGAUGUUGUUAUACGAAAUGAACGAACAAGACAGUUACGAAGAAGAUUGUAUACCAGCAUUGUGUCAAUGACAUGCUUCUAGACUGCGUGCCAGAUAUGGACUUCAACUCAUUUGCUGGUAACCUGAAUUCGGCUCAGAGUUUUGCUGAAAGACCUGUUGUAGAUGUUGCCACUGAGGGACAGGGCAGUACCUGCUCAUUGAAGUCUUCAUCUUUAUUUGCAUCGGUGGUCAAGAAACUUGGCAGGAAGUCUGGGAUGGGUGUAUCCUUUAGUAGGAAGACCUGCCAGUACUUGAUUCAGAGCAGUUCUGUUCAGUAGUGGAGCUUUUCCAUUUAACAUGAAACUCCAGCCAAUAACAUAAAGACUGCAAUCGGUUUGACCAAUUGCAGAAAACCCAGCAUAUACUAAGUCAGAGUCUGAUAUCAAAGAUGAGAGAUUGACACUGAAUGAAAACUGUGGCAGAGAUUGGGGUUUGGUCAAGUGGAACUCGUCAAAUUCCUCUAGGGUGAUGUUUAGCUUUUGCAACUGGCUAUCGUAUUCCACCCACACUUGCAUUGGUUUACCAGUGCUAAGUUCACUGCUUUCAAACCUGGUAUUGGACCUGUAGAAGUUUUUGAUCAGGGAGUCAACAAAGACCAUGCUUUUGACCUCUAUAUCGAUAUGGUUCUCGCCAAUACCACUGAACUCGACGGCAAAGAAGAAUUGAUCAUCAGGCUUAGAGUUGUUACCAACUUUGCCAGGGGGUCCUAUAUACUGACCUGAUGAGUUGUACAUAUGAUGCAACUCCAUGGUGGAGGAGAGCAGGAAGGUCAUGCCAGAAGUUUCCAGAAGGUCCAUGGUGGCAUCAGUGAUGGCAAACACGAAGGUUGUUGAGAAGGAGGCUCCACCAUCACCAGUGCUGGCGUUAUCACUGCUGAAAUUGAGAGGCUUGCUGUAGAAAGCACUCCCUUGUUCACUGGAAAUACCUUGGGUGAGCCGUAUAGCUUGGCCUGUGACAGAUGCUUGGCCAUCAAGCUUCAGAUUGGCCGUGGAGAAACCGUUGAAGAUUUGUUGGUCUGUGUUGGCACUCAGUGUGGAAGCAUAGUGAUUAGCAACAAUGGCGAGGAGGAGAAGCAUAUGGUUACUCAUAUCUGCAGCUGAGUUAAAUGAAUAUUGGAGUAGGAAAGUUAACAAGUGCAGCUCCAAUCUAACAGAAAAGAAAGAGGUCAGGUACAACGAAGUGGGAUCCAAGCCAUGUAACAGUGAGUGGUAGAGUAUUUCCAGGUCUGUCACUGUCCAUCUUGUCUAGAAGAUAUUUCCACUAGUUUGGCACGAGUUGACUGACUUUCCCUAUAGGCACUUAUUUGGCUUCUAUUUCGACCUGCCCUCUUAUAGAUGGUGCAAUAUUAACUUGCUUGCUUAGUUGCUUGGCAGCAUGGCUCCUUUCGCAUGGCGACCUUACCUCCCCAUCCUCGUCUUCCUCUGCCUUACUGCUGCACACCUCCAUGCUUCUGAGGUCAUCCCUGGUACAGAUGAACUUGUCUACAAUGGUUUUUUCAAGGCUGAUCUAAAUCUUGAUGGCCGUGCUUUGUUGAUAAAUGAUGAUCUGCUGAGUUUAACCAAUAUGCCAGAUGGAACAAGCGGCCAUGCCUUUUGCAGCUACCCUCUCAGUUUUCAGAAAAUCCCUGGUGGUUCUAUCUCCUCUUUCUCUACAACCUUUGUGGCCACCAUAGGCUUUCGGCGGUAUAAAGGCCAUGGGCUUGCCUUCAUGCUUUCUUCUACAAAUGAUAUAUCUGACAACUCAGCUGGUCAGUUCCUAGGCCUUCCCAGUUCUAGCUCAGAUAAUCAUGUUUUCUUCGCAGUUGAACUUGACACUGUCCUAAACCCAGAGUUUAAGGACAUUGACAACAACCAUGUUGGGAUCAAUGUUGACAGCUUGCUCUCAGUCGAAUCCCAUACUGCUGGCUUCUAUGACUCCAGUGGUGACUUCAAAAGUAUUGAGCUCAGAAGCGGAAAGCCGGUGCAAGUGUGGGUGGAGUACGAUAGCAAUUCUUACCGCCUGAAUGUCACCUUAGCACUUUAUUCCAUGCCUAAACCUGAACUACCUUUGCUAUCAACCCCCUUGAAUCUCUCCUCCCUGUUGUCACUCAGUUCAUUGUAUGCUGGCUUUUCUGCAGCAAGUGAUAAAUUGACAUCCGACCACUACGUUCUUGGGUGGAGUUUCACGCUAGAUGGAGAGGCACAACCACUUGACUACUCUCAGUUGCCAUUAGGAUUACUUAAGGAUCUUAAACACCAUUCCCGCUUUCAAUACUUGGGCAGAAUGACCAUUUUAGGAGCCCCAACGAUUAUACCAGCUGUUGUUCUAAUUGUACUUGCUGUUCUUAUUUGCCACUAUCUGAGGAACCGAAAGGAGGAUAAGGAGUUCGAAAUAAUGUGUGGGCCACCAUCUUUCACUUACAAAGAGCUAUUCACUGCAACUGAUGGAUUCAACGACAGGAUGCUACUUGGGAAAGGAGGAUUUGGAAGGGUGUACGAAGGGGUGCUGUCUAACUCUGCGCAUAGCAUUGCGAUCAAGCGGGUAUCUCCAGAGUCAAAGCAGGGAAAGAGGGAGUUCAUGGCCGAGAUCGCCAUCCUUGGCCGUGUUCGCCACCGCAACCUUGUACAGCUGCUUGGCUACUGCCGGUACAAGAAGGAGCUGCUGUUGGUCUACGAUUGCAUGCCAAAUGGAAGCCUUGAUAAGUACUUGUAUGGCAAGGGCAAGCCCGUCCUUGACUGGGCACAGAGGCUUCACAUUAUCAAAGGUGUAGCUUCUGGGCUCUGUUACCUCCAUGAGGACUGGGAGCGUGUCAUCAUCCAUAGAGACAUCAAGGCUAGCAAUGUGCUUCUUGACAACUCCAUGAACGGGAGGCUCAGUCACUUCGGCCUUGCGAGGUUCCAUGACCAUGGAGUUGAUGCACACACCACACGUGUGGCAGGAACCUGGGGAUACAUUGCACCUGAGUUGGCCCGGCUUGGCAAAGCCACCAAGGCAACUGACGUGUUUGCAUUCGGUAUUUUCAUGAUCGAGGUGGUCUGCGGAAGACAGCCAAUUGGCAUGGCUGUUGCUGGAGGUGAGCCUUUGGUGCUUGCAGACUGGGUCCUCAGCAUGUGGAAAAGCGGCUCGGUCACUGGAGCUGUAGACCCAAAGUUGGAAGAUUACGACCAAGAGGAUGCUGAGCUCGUGCUGAAGCUUGGCUUGCUUUGUUCUCACUCACUACCCAAGCUGCGGCCGUCUAUGCGUCACGUCAUGCUGUACCUGGAAAGAGGCGCAAGAUUAAAUGAGUUGUCUCCAGCUUCCCUGAGCAUUAUUGAUCCAGACGAGGAUAAAGAGAUUGACCAUGUACUGUGCUCAUCUGGAGCCUCGACCAUAACAGUUCUCUCUGGGGGGAGGUGAUAUGUAUUGUAGUGGUGUCACUCAAAGAGGGCAAACUGUCUCGUCCACUGUAACACAUUGCCAUUUUGUUUGGAUUAAGUGGAAAUUUGUGCCUUUUCCGUGUUAUAACUUGUUCUCAAGGACUGUACUGUACUAGUAUUUUUUUUUGGAUAGCUAUGUUAAACUGAUAUUACCGUAUUCAAUGGAUAUUAUGUAUUAUAAAGUUCAUCAUUUGCCGCGUGGUCAA